AAACGCUACCUCGUAAACAGACGCAUGUCCAUGUUGGUGCGUUGCCAAAAUUUUAAAAACUUUGGGUUGCAAGGCUAUAUAUCUUGCAAAGUGAGCCAUGAGCCGUAUUCCCAACCCGUUUGGCAGUGGUGAAGGUCAACAACAACACAGUGGUGGGUACAGCAGCAGUCCUGGGCAUCAGAGCUCUGGGAGCACAGCUACCCCAGGCUUCCUCAUCAUGACCAGGCCACCCUCGGGUUCUAAUAGAUACGGUGGCCGGGGGUACAAGACCCAAGUUUCACCCUCACAUCCAGGCCCCAGCGAGCAGAAGAACAGUUUCAUACCCUUCUCGUCAAGUGGCGGUGGUAAUAGCAGUCAAGAAAGUACCAAGAGUAGUAGUGGUGGACGUGGGAGGUAUAAUCGUGGAGGUGGAGGAAGACAUUUUUCCACUCCAGGAAGUCCUAGGUUUGCGUAUCCAUACCAACAGUCUCCAGGAAGAAUAAAUAACUACGGGCAAAAUCAGGAUUUCCCAAACACUCCCAGAUGUAGACCAAAUCAAGGUGGGAGGAGGUUUAGUGAUAUGCAAGAUAGAUCAUUUGGCGAUCAGAAGAAGUUUAACUCCAAUGAUAAUUCAAGACGAGGAAGAGAUAGAGGUCCACUAAGUGAUGUUCCGAUUGAUAAGUUUAUCUCUCAUAAUAUGGUGAAAGAUCCUUGGGCUGAUUUUAAUGAUGAAGUAGAGGAUAAUGUGGAUAGUGUGCCAGUACACCCACAAGAAAAUCCAGUUAUUGUAACUUUAGACGACUCAGAAAUAAUAAUCGACUCUGAUGCCAGUGUUAUUAUUGAGAAUUCCUACGAGGAAGGAAUAAGUGGUACAGAGGGUGACAGUUCACCCGUGCAUGACACAGGAAGUGACUCGCCAUAUGUUGCUACACCUUCUACCUCAGAGAAAGAUACAGGAAGUGAUUCCACUAGUGAUGCAUAGUGGUUUUCAAAUAGAGAAUAAUAAUGUCUGUCCUGUGGUUAGACUGUAUUGCAAGGUGUUAGAAUGUUGUUUCCUUGAAUGUCUGCCAUGGUGAAAUUGAUUUGACUUUAUUUAUUAAAUUAAAUAACAGUAUAUUGUGAGAAAUUAUUUUGAAACAAAACUUGUAUAUAAAUUCUAUUUGUAGCUAUUGGUGUAGCUAGCUGUUAACUUAGCUAGUUAAUAGUUGUUAUAAAUCCACACCUGCAAAAAAAUCUAAAAAGUUAAACAUCAGUAGGCAGAGAACUCUAACAAAACACAACAUGUGAUUAUUAAUUUAAUUUGAACAAGGACAGGGUUUAAUUUAUAGUUAUUUGAGAAAAUUUAUAAUAGUUAUUUUUUAUGGUCAAGGAAACUGAUUGCUUCUAGGGCUCCUACUAGCCUCCUCAAAAUAUUUAAGUACAAAAAUAUGAACAGAAUGUACAAAUUUAUCAAUCAGUUAAUAAAAUCUAGAUUUCUAUACCAUUUUGCAGAUUUCUAGUUAAAAAAGAUUCUUUGCUUUUAAUGGACAUGCUGUAUUAAGUUAUACUGCAAUACACAGUGUUCACAUUGUCAUACACUUAUAUGAAUUAUUUUAUUACAUCUCUGGCAUUUAUGUCUUAUGGAACUCGUAAACAUUAGUACUGAAAACUCCUUUAUUUGUACCUGCUAUUUGAUGAAUGUUGCUUAUACAUUUUUACUAAUUUAUCGUGCGAUAGUGUUGAGAUUAUGACUAGACUGCAAUGAGAUAUUUUGAAUAAAAUAUGACAUUAGUAAUUAUGAAAAUUUAAUAUAAUGUUCUACCACCCAUGGUAUUUAUUACGUUAUGAAAAAUAGUGCUUUUAAUUUAUUAUUUUCACUGUUGGUAUAUUAAGCAUAAUGCUAUACUAUACUGUAUAAUGGUAUUCUAUAUCUUUCUCUUUAUUGUUUAAUUCUGCAUUAACUAUUUAUUGUUUUACACUGAUUUUACCUCUUUAUUGUUUUCCUUAAAGGAAUUAGCUUAAGUUCAUUCUGUAUGCAUACAAGUAGGUAUUUAAUACUCUAAAAAUAAUGAUGGUACAGUAGCUGCAACUUAAAUUCAUAGCCUUCAGAAUGUGUAUAGUUAAUUUCACUUAAAUUUAUAUUGAGAUUUUGCUAAGAAAGAAUGAAUUUUAUUUUUUUUUAUAUUGAACAUAUAAUUUAUUACUGGCUGUAGAAAAUAUCCAUCACAGUUUUAAACCUGAGUGAGCAUGUGAUUUUGACAAACAAUAUGCACACUGAGCAAGAGACUUGUGUAUGUUUCAAAUGGCAUCUACAUAAAAAGUCAUAAUUGGAAAAAAUAUUAAGAAUAAAAUAUUUCAUGAUAUUUUAUAAAUAUAUAGCAUAAAUACAAUAUAUAUGUAUAGCGUAUAAUAAUAGUACAGUAUUCAAUAUUGUACAGAAUAUCAAAAUGUUCAUUCACUCUAUAGCCAGAAUUAGUUUUUGAAGCUACAUAUUCGCAUCAAUUUUGUCGUAGACCUGUGCAGCCUAAAACGAUUAAUCAGUUUUAACCUCCAGGAGAGGUAAAUACUCGUCAUAGUUUUUAAAUAUUUUGACAAAUUUGAAUAGUUUUAUAAAUACUGUACUUUACUGCUUGUCUAAGACAUGUUUUUAAUUAUUAAAUGUAAAAUUUAAACAUUCAUAAUUUUAAUUUUGGUAAUCCUUAGUAAUUUGCAAAAAGUUAGUGUUGCUGGUGAAAGGUCCCUGAUACAAAGAACUGCAGUCACCCUCCCCUUCCUUGGACCAAACCUGAUUAUCUCCCAUUUCCCAACUGCUAUAAUACAUACAACUCUUACAGGUUUGUAGUUGACAAAGAAGCAGUAAGUGGAAACUAAGCGGCCUGCACAGCAGCUUUGUAAUAGUUUCCAGUUGCUGCUUGUGUGUCUUUAUCAGAUAUGAUUUGUUGGUAUUCCCAUGCCAUUUAUUACUGUCCUACAGGUUUAAGGCUUACCAUGAUUCUACUGUACAGUAUAAUACCAUACAGGAGGGCUCCGCUUUACCAUGCUUCACUUUAAGGCACUUCACAAAUACACCAGUUUUCAAUUAUAACCAUUCUUCAUUUAU